CGAAAAACAAGAGUACUGUUUUAUGCCCACUACGACAUUAUUUCCGCUCCUCUGGAUAGAUGGCACUCAGAUCCGUUUACGGUUUCGGGUCUCAAUGGCUAUUUAUACGGAAGAGGGGUCACCGACAACAAAGGACCCAUUAUGGCUGUCGCGUGUGCAGCUGCUGACCUCCUUUCUCGUCGGGCACUGGAAAUCGACCUGGUUCUCUUGAUUGAAGGCGAAGAGGAAUGUGGCAGUUCUGGAUUCGGUGAAACUGUUCAGAAACACAAGAUCAUGCUUCAGAAUUUAUUUGGGGAUAUUGAUGCCAUUUUGGUCAGUAACUCGACAUGGAUUGCAGAGGACCAGCCGUGUAUCACGUACGGAUUGAGAGGUGUCAUGCAUUGUGCGCUUGAGAUAACAAGCAAUCUACUGGACCUUCACUCCAGCAUCGAAGGAGGAGCCGUUGCUGAGCCCAUGAUUGACAUGGUGAAGUUGUUAGCCACGCUCACGGACAACCAUCGUCAAGUUCAGAUACCAGGAUUUUAUGACCCUGUCCAACCUGAAACAGAGGAAGAGAAACAACUAUACAAGUUACUGUCUGAUGUCACGCAAAAACAAGCAUCUUCCUUUGUCGCUCGUUGGAGAGAGCCCUCGUUAACGGUUCACACGAUUGAGAUUUCUGGACCCAAGAACGCAACAGUGAUUCCCGGAACUGUGAAGUCACAGGUCUCGCUGCGCAUAGUGCCGGAUCAAGAUCUGGAUACGAUUGUCAAAUCUCUUUGCGAUUACCUUUCAGCUUCAUUCAACGAGUUGCAUUCUACAAAUGCUCUACAGGUAUGCAUUGCGGAGUGCUCAUUCCAAUUUUUUAAGGUUAAUGUCGAACACACAGCUGACUGGUGGCUUGGGCGUCUCGAUGAUCCGUGGUUUAACGCACUCGAAAGUGCCGUUCAAGAGGAGUGGGGAUCCGAGCCCUUGCAUAUUCGGGAAGGAGGAUCCAUCCCUUCCGUUCCUUACCUUGAAAAGGAGUUUGGGUGUCAUGCUUUGCAUCUUCCCAUGGGGCAAAGUUUGGACCAAGCUCACCUACCUGACGAACGCAUCUCGCUGGCUAAUCUACAGAAAGGUAAAGCGGUGAUAGGGCGGUUUAUUCUCAAGGUACACUAA